ACCAAAACUCCAACCCAUUUCAAAUGUUACGCAGCCAGGAAAUUGAAACUGAAAACAGAGCCAAAGGCAGAGAGGAUAAGCAGUGAAGGGGUGACAGAGACCGUGCUACUUCAUUUCAUUGCCACCAUGCAUCAAAACAUUGAUGAAGUUGAGACAGAGAAAAGCACUAGGAGGCUCCGAGAACUGUUCCAUGCAAAGGAGAUCCCUGUGGACAAGGCUGAAACCUUGAUGGGUAGAUACGACAAUGAAUAUGACCUGGUGGCUGAAGAAAUCAUCCGGCUUAAGGAACAAGCUGAAGAUGCUGAUGGUAACGACCCUGGAGAUUCGGAAGAAGAUAAUGUGGAUCGGGACCUACAGGAUAUUGUGGAGCGUUUACGCACUCUUCCGCUGACACAGGAGAACGUCAGAAUAUUUAACUUGGCGAAAAGGAAUGAAGUUCCCCGAGUACAGAGGCAGUUUGCUUGCGUAUGUGCUGACCGGGAUUGGUGGCGGGAGGUGCCUGAGAGAAAGCAGGUAUCAAGAUGCCGUGAAUGCAAACGCCGCUAUGAGCCAGUGCCGAGGGAUCAGGAGUGGGGUAUCGCUGAGUAUAAUUGUUCCAACUGCAACCGUUCGUUCAGAGCGUACGGUCAGAUGGGUCUUCCUGCUCCAUGUUACCGCUGCCGUGGUGUUGUCCUACCCACCCACAUCAUACCACGGAUGCGGGAGCGCAGGUCACCUGGGACCAGCAGGCGGAAUCAAGGCAGUUACAACAGAGGAGGUUAUGGCAGGCAGAAUCAAAGCAGCUGUUAUGGGGAAGACUGUUACAACAGAGAAGGUAAUGGCGGGCAGAAUCAACGCAGCGGCUGUGCGGAAGACAGUUACAACAGAGAAGAUAAUGGCAGGCGGAAUCAACGCAGCUGUUAUGCAGAAGACUGUUACAACAGAGGAGGUUAUGGCAGGCAGAAUCGACACAGCUGCUGUGCGGAAGACUGUUACAACAGAGAAGAGCCCUACGUCCCCGGGACUCACUGCAUCCAUCCGGAGACACGGAGAGCUCGUGGUCUCCCCAGGAAUCUGCUGCUCUGCGACCACCAUGUGUCCACUGGCUCCACUGUGGCCAGCUGCAUCAGCCAGGGCUCCCUGAUGGAGUGUGAUGUUGAGGAGAUCAUCCUGGAGGACCUGAAGAGAAUUCCGGAAGAAGAUGGAGAUGAAUGAGCCCAGAGGUUCUGUGGAACUCUCAGCGCUGUUAACCUGGAGGAACGAUGGCUGCUCAGGCAUCCGGCAGCUUUGAAAGACGGGGAAAAUGAAACAAGGCUUCUAUUUGUUCACACAAGGCUUACUGGAGAGGGGUUGCUUGGCACUUUCCUUAAUUAAAACCACUCUUCAAGCUCUGUAAAAUGGUCCACAAAAUAAAAAAUUUCUUUCAAAAUUUU